AUGAACUCGAAUGUUUCUCAAUACAGUAUUCUGCGGUUCAUCGUGCUAGACUUUGUCUCAAAAACUCUAGCAGAUUCCUUUCAGAAUUCUGUACGAUGCUACGAUUUGCAAAUCUCGCCAUGUUCUGAUCCCGCGACUUGGACCGCGGGCCCCCCAAGGUACCAAGAACAAGACUUCAACCAGGGAGCAAGUGACUCUCGUCAUGAUACCACGGAGCACGUGACAUCGCCUCCUCUAUCCAGCUUUUCCGACAUUUUGAAGGACGGCAAUGCGUUUGAACCGGGUCUGGGCUUGGGCUCUCUUCCCAAAGAGCCAAUUCUGCUGCAACAGCCCUUGCCCCCCGCCGGUGUUCAAGCGAACGUCACCCACCAGAACCAACCGACACAAGAUGCCAUGGAUCUCGUUAACUUCAGCUUGGGUCAGCGGAACCCGUUACCUCCAUUGCCAGUGUCAGAUGGCAACCACCCAACAGGCGGCACAAGUGGGUAUGAUCCCCACAUCAUCCACGCAGCCAAUGAAGAAGACCGAAGUUUCCGAAAGAAAUCGCGCGAGAAAAUGCGUCGUAAAGAGGUGAACAACGAGUUCGACCUUCUCGUCGAUCUACUGGGUUUCACCAAUCGUGUUCGCAAGAAGAGUCUGAAGCGCGAGUACAAGCAUCUACGUCGAGAUCGAGACCUGCUGAAGCAAGAAUUGGCAAAGCUGGCUGUUCAUCUAGACUCGUCCCAGCUCGAACCCGUUGCAGCGUGCGUCUCAACUAAUGAAGAUGCGGAACAGCGUACAGGAAUGGAUUUGUCCAUGGUGCCAUUUCAUUAUGAGCACAUGCAGGCUCAACCAGAAUUGUUUCGUCGCGGCUUUUGA